GAUGACAGGGGGCGGUAGUGAGCACGCGAGGUCAUAGGCGAGCGUUACAACAUGGCGGCAAACUGAUAUGUCAACAAUGCUUUUGCCGAGGAGUGUCGUGGAAAAUUAGCACAUUUCUGUACAGCACAACUGAAUAUCAGCGUUUUCUUGUAAAUAGGGAUCGGACACAUUGUAUCUCUCUGGCGUCUGACUGCGGUGAGUGAUGGAUUGUGUCGUGUGAGUUGGAUUCGAACCCGCGUGAAUCUUCUGCUGUGCGCUUGAAGGAAAGAGGACGACCAGCCUGAGCCACUGUUAAAACUCGUCGCUAGACUGUACUGACAGCAGUUCUUUGAAAGAACAGGAAUUAAUGGCAGCUGUUGCCCUAAAGUUGGGUGAGCAGAAAGGUGAAAAAAUGGGUUUGCCAUGUGAAAAUGACACGGAUGACCAACCAGCACAGAUUAACCAUGAGAGUAAAGAAGCGGCUCAGGAUUCAGAACAAAAACCUAGCUCCAAGGCUCCCUCGGGUAUGGAUCAGGAAAACCCACUUAAUACAGAGGAAACCCAAAAGAAGCAAGGACCAAAGGCAAAGACUCCUGCCAAAAGGAGAAGAAAGGAGAUCAUUCCACAGACUCCACCACAACAUGACAGUUCAGCAGUCUCUGAUGCUUCUGAACUCACUUCUAGUGGUCGGCCCAAGAGAAGAGCUGCUAAAGUUGCUUUAGAUUACCUCCACAAGCUUGCCAAGGAUCUUGGUGAUCCAUCAGAAUCUUCAAUUAAAGAAAAGUCCAAGUCCGGUGAAGCGGGUGUCACUGACCAGAAAAAGAAAACCGCCAGGGGAAGGGGGACCAAAAGAAAAACUCCAGAUUAUGAAAGCGACCCGGAUGAUGAUGAGGACUUUUCCCCAGGAAAAGAUGAAGAGGCAGAGAGCGAAGAUGAAGAAGAUUCAGAGCCAGACUUCAGCUUGAACAUAGAGCACAGAUUAUCCAGACCAUCCUGCAGGCCAGCCAGAGGAAAUUAUCAUGGUCUUCUUCCAAAUGGGUUGGCUAACAAUGUCAUGGAGCCUGUUUGGAACUGUUUUAGCAGGACCAAAAAAUUCCGGGAUGAAAACUUUUCCCCCUGGGUAUUUCCAGAGUGGAUUCCUUCUGCCAAAGAUUGGCAUUUCCUGUCUAAGAGUGAGGCUGAAAAAUAUUUACCCCAAGAGAAAGAAUCUGCUUCUUUUACCUUUACACGGGAAAGCAUCAAGGGACCGAUCAAACUGCAAACGGUGAAGAGGUUUGAAUCAUUGCCACAUCAUUCUGAGCGCUGGGAUGCUCUGUUCUUUGUGGGGGGUCCUGUUCGGUCCUUGGAGUGGUGCCCGUGUCCUGACGGGGCGGCAAAAAGACAGUAUGCCGCCAUCUACUGCCACAAAGGCAUGGAUGAUGAACACAAAAUCAAUAAGCUGCACACAGGUCCUGUCUUACUGCAGCUGUGGGACAUCGGAGACCUUCAGUGCAAAAGCAGGCCCUCAACUGCUCCUCAUCUAGCAUAUGCUUUGGCAAUAGAUGAUGGAUGCAUCUGGAAUAUAAGGUGGUGUCCUGCGGGAGUGUGGGAGCUGCCCUCUACCAGCAGAAAGGCUCCACAGAUGCCUAGAUUAGGUGUUCUAGCAGCAGCUUUCUCUAAUGGAACCAUUGGUGUCUACAGUCUUCCACACCCAGAAGCCCUUGCAGCACACCAUCAGAUUAAAGGAGAAACCAGCCAAGCACCGUUGAUAUGCCGGGUGAAGAAGGUUCUGACUUUGAAGAUGGGCUCCAACCAGGCAGAUCAUAAAGGUCAAAGUGGUCUGUGUUUUGCUAUGGAUUGGCUCCAUGUCAAACCACAUAACCUCUUGGCUGCUGGCUUCUAUGAUGGUCUGGUUGGUUUAUGGGAUCUUGCUAGUAAGUCUACACUACUGAAAGUCAAGUCUCCAGAUGGAGGUGUGUAUCUCUACCCUUACCACUGUUUCCAUGCUCAUGACGAAAACAUCCGGACCCUGUGCUGGUGCAAAGCCUCAAGUAACUUGUUGGUGACAGUUGGGGAUGACCGCAUGGCAAAAAUGUGGGAUGUGAGAAAAACCUUCGUGCCUCUUUUGACAGUAAAGCGCUGCUUGUCCCCUGAAGUUUACUGGCCCCUCUUUUGGAGCGGCAUCCUGAUGGCUCAGGAGUGUUGCUUUGCCACGUUUGGACAACAUGGGGUUCACUAUUUUGAUUCAGGUUACCUUGGAAUAAAGCCUUACUUUGUGUGUCCUAGAAAAACCACUAUUUGGAGCAUUUCUAUGUCUGAUUGGAUAAAUGCUUUUGCCGUUGUGGACAAUGGAGGAGAUUCUUUAUUUAGUUUUCUUCCUGAAAUGGACAUCGACCCCAACACUAUCAGACGACGGAGAUAUUCCGUGUACAGGACUGACAUGGUCCAGUUUCAACCCGGUCAGAGGCCUGGAGAUAAGGAACAGGAGGAGGAAGAGGAAGUGGAAAAUGCUGCAAGUAAUCCUAGGAAGGAGCCACUGAGUUACAAAGGAGCAAUCAGAAAGUACUAUCUCCACUUUCAUGACUUGGACCUGGGGAACUUUGCUAAGACUGAAAAUCGGGCCAUGAUGAAGCACCUGCACCAGAAUGAGGUCAAAGGUGUUGCUAAAGUGGACCGGAUGCCAUUGAGUGCGCUCUACAAGAUCCGUUUUAACCCAAACAUGGAUGCGUACAACUGGAUCCUUUCGGGCGGGCAGUCGGGUUUGGUGCGUGUGAACUGUGCACGUGGACUGAGCUGCUCCGUGAUGCUCAAGCAGUUGCAUGAAGCUCAAGCCCAGUUCAGCGCAAUGUUCCAGUCUCAGGAGCCCGAUGACUCUGCAACAGCUGUCCGUCACAGCACAGCGGAUACAGUACAAGUGCAAUAGUCUCCAGCCUCUCAGCUCUAUCCUCAAAUGGACUGCGCUGUCCAAAUAGGCUGAGAGACUGUCAUUUUUAGAAGACUGAUGACACACACUUUUUAUCCUUAACUUAUAUUUAUAGAAGGAAAACUAUUUUGAUACAAGCCUCUGUAUGUUCCUGGUUUUAUAUUUUUAUGCGUUUUGUUUUAUUAGUAUUUGUGCUGUACAGAGAGGACAAUCUUUUGAACUUCUUUGCACCAUUGUGAAGCUCAGACAGAAAGUCUGUUUUUAGUUUAAUAUCUUUAUCUUGAUGCAUUGUCCUUUCCAAGGAUUCCAACAUUGUUUCCGCCUGUUCCAGUUCUGCCCUAUAUAAUGAUAAAACACAUCCAUCUUUACAUUUAGUGAGAAAAAAUUUGAUUGGAUCUGUUCAUUUAGCUAUUAUAUUAAGAUCUUUUUUUUUUCCUUUAGCUCUAUUUUUCUUAUCCUAAAUCUCAAUUUUAAAGGAACUGUUACACAAAUAAACAUCAUCACCAAGUCGUUUCAAACCUGACUUUAUUUCUUCUGUGGAACAUAAAAAUAUAAAUGUUUUUCCAGUCUAUAUGCAAGUUCUUGCCCUUCACUGUCCUCAUCUACAUAUGUUAAAAUAUCAGGCCUCUAGACAGAAUGUUAGUUCUAGGUAUGUCAUUGCAAAUUGACCAGUCAUUGCCGAUUACAUGUCCAAUCACAGUGCAGCAUUGUGAAUAUGAUGAAAUCAUGUACAUAUGGAACAAGUAAUAUAGUGUUCUGUGUACUUCAUUGUUUUGAUUUAUUUUCUGAAAUGUUGGUCAUUUUGAAGCUUUGGAGCCCAUAUCCCUAUUCACUUUCUUAAUAUUGAAAAGAGUUGCAAUUAUAUUCGUGAACAUGUCUCCUUUUGUGCUCCACAGAAGUAAUAAAGUCAUACAGGUAUGGAAAGACAUGAGGGUAAGAAGUCAAAAUGUAAAUUUUUUUCCAUAACGAUUCCUUUAAUUCUGUAUAUAGAUUUUUUAAUUUUUUUAAAAAAUUAUUGUUAUUACCUACCCAUUUAAAAUCUUUAUUACCUCUUUUACAUUCUUCUUACUCAGGUCUAGCCAAAUUUGUAAGGGCAUCAUGGACUCCGCUGAUAACUGCAGCCUGUAUGCAAGUUAAUGUUGUCCCUGACCCAAAGGCGUUCUGACAUUAAGAUCAGAUGCACCUUGAUACCUGCCUCAUAAUUCAUGACCUCAGUUUUGUGAAUCUAAUUAAUUCCAGUGAUGAGAAUCUGGAGAGGUGUCAGUCAGUGUGAGGCUCAAGAUAUAAUAUUUUGGGGUUUUAAUUAUAAAUAUUCAAACUUUGUAAAUGCUAUUUCUUUUGUACUGUUUACUGAAUGGAUAAUAGGUGCAGAAAAGUGCAUUUAUAUUGUUUCAUCAUCAUUUUAGAUAAAAUUGCUUUGCUGUUUACCACUUA